UUAUUAUUAAUUAUUUAAUUACUUAAAAUUAUACGAAAGUUGUGUGAUUACCUUUUUAACUUUGUCGUUUUACGUCAAGAGAGACACGCGUCCACCGUCCAGUAUUUUCUCUGCAGAAGAAAAGCAUUAUUAAGGCGUCAGUCCUCUGCUCUGUUACAGUGUUUGCAUCUAAGAAACUUCUCCGAGUCAUUAAAACCCGGCGCACGAUAGCAAACAAAAGCUUUCAUUUCCCUUUCUGUACCGAUCGUAACUUAAACGAGGUGUGUGAGUUCUAUUUUCCUUGGAUGCUGCAGUCUCUAUGCACGGUCUGCUGCAAUUUUGGCAUGUGGGGAAGACAGCGCGAGUCAAAAUCGAUGUACAAGCGAAUGCCAUCUAGAGACUAUACAAAAAAUUCUGAUAUAGAGGAUGAUUCAGCUCUUAUACAGAACAAUAUGGAUGCUGAAGUCACAAAUCCUUCAUGGAGUCUUUCCUUUCCACAUGUAGUUGCGGCAACCAUAUCAUCUUUCUUGUUUGGCUAUCAUCUCGGUGUGGUAAAUGAACCACUUGAGAGCAUCUCCAUCGAUCUUGGAUUCAAUGGAAAUACCUUGGCUGAAGGCUUGGUGGUUAGUACAUGUUUAGGCGGUGCCUUUAUUGGAUCCUUGUUCAGUGGCUGGAUUGCUGAUGGGGUUGGGCGGCGUAGGGCUUUUCAGUUAUGUGCUUUGCCCAUGAUUAUUGGUGCUUCUGUAAGUGCAACAACGACUACUUUAGCUGGCAUGCUUGUUGGAAGGUUUUUAGUUGGGACGGGGAUGGGCCUUGGCCCUCCGGUUGCAGCUCUUUAUGUGACUGAGGUUUCUCCUGCUUUUGUAAGGGGCACAUAUGGAAGUUUCAUCCAGAUUGCAACCUGUCUUGGACUUAUGGGGGCUCUGUUCAUUGGGAUCCCUGUCAGAGAAAUUAAUGGCUGGUGGCGCAUUUGUUUCUGGGUAUCUGCAAUUCCUGCUGGACUACUUGCUCUUGCCAUGGUGUUUUGUGUGGAGAGUCCACAUUGGCUAUACAAGCAAGGAAGAAGUGCUGAAGCUGAAAUUGAAUUUGAGAGGCUUUUAGGCGGAGCACAUGUGAGAUACGCAAUUCAAGAGUUAUCCAAAGUUGACAGGGGAGACAACAUAGAUAACAUAACUUUGUCUGAACUGCUUUAUGGUCGCCAUUUUAGAGUUGUUUUUAUUGGAUCAACCCUAUUUGCUUUACAACAGCUAUCUGGUAUAAAUGCUGUCUUUUAUUUCUCUUCAACUGUGUUUAAAAGUGCGGGAGUACCAUCAGACCUAGCAAAUGUCUUUGUUGGUAUUGCAAAUCUAACAGGAUCCCUUGCCGCAAUGGUGUUGAUGGAUAGACUAGGAAGGAAAGUGUUGCUUCUGUGGAGCUUCUUUGGAAUGGCAGUGUCCAUGGGCCUUCAAGUUGCCGGGGCAAGUUCUUAUAUGGCAGGAUCUGGAGCUUUGUUCCUAUCUGUUGGUGGCAUGCUGACGAGCUGGUCCAGUUCCAGGUCUCCUCCUACCAGAGAUCUUCCCCAGUCGAAUCAGGGCAAAAGCUAUGGCCAUCUGUAUGUCAGUGCACUGGGUGAUCAAUUUCUUUGUGGGCUUGCUAUUUUUGCGUUUGCUUGAGCAACUUGGACCACAGCUCUUGUAUGCUAUUUUUGCCUCAUUUUGCAUGCUGGCUGUGGUUUUUGUUAAAAGGAACGUUAUGGAAACAAAAGGAAAAUCACUUCAAGAGAUCGAGAUUGCUCUUCUUCCCCAAGAAUAGAGCACUAGCCUCGUUCCGAUAUGCCAUUGAGUGAGCUGACGUAGCUUAAGCAUCAAUCUUCGCAUAUUGCGAAACAUUUUCAUAUGCAGCAAUCCCAGGGGAAGAAAAUGACCCAUAACUCGAUAAGCAUUGAUCCCUUGUGGCAGAAGAUGUCCAUAUACAGCGGAACCAGAAAGUGGGAUUGGAAAAUUUUCAAAUUUCAAUGGUUUGUUUGUGCUGAACUCUGAUUCCCAGGCAAAUGCUUUUAUAUGGAGAUCUCCUGGAAGACCUUUCAUCAGUUUUGGCAAACACAUACUACUUAAUAACUUGGCUCUCAGACCUGUGUCCAGAUCAUGUGUUCUUUUGGAAAAUUAUUAGAGUAUUAUACAAAUGACAAGUUCUCUUUCAGAGGUUUAUUUUCCCGUUUAAUCCCAUAUCAUUUUGAUCAA